UAUAAAUGCAGCAGGUAUAUGAUCAGGUAUAAAUGCAGCAGGUAUGUGAUCAGGUAUAAAUGCAGCAGGUAUGUGAUGAGGUAUAAAUGCAGCAGGUAUAUGAUCAGGUAUAAAUGCAGCAGGUAUGAGAUCAGAUAUGUGAUCAAACUCCAUGGGAACUGAACCCAUGAUCUUGGAGAUGCACAGAAAACCGCAUUAGUUGUUGUUUGCAGUCCUAGAAUGUGCCGGAAAAUAACAGAAAGCGGUGUGGCUUUGGUGAGAGACACGCCGAGAGUUACAAAGGUCAGGUAAACACUCGGAGGGAGAGAGAGAGAGAGAGAGAGAGAGAGAGAAAAAGAGAGAGAGAGGCUUCAAAGGCUCCCUGAGGUCUGUCUUACUCUGCACAUAACUGCAGAGGUUAGUUUGUACCUGCCUUUGUCCCCCUCUCAAAGCUGCAGUACAACGAUCGCAAAAUGGCCGCAGAUAAUGUUACUGAUUCCUACGACCUUCCCAUCACCAGCGACUACUAUGAUGACGACUACUUGUCAUACUAUGCCACCUCUGCUGGCGAAGAGGAUCUGGUAACUCCAUGCUUUGAAGAGGAUGACGAGUCGCAGAUCCUGUCGGGCUGUCAGACGGCGUUCUACAUCCUGGUCUUUCUGGUGGGUGUGCCGGGCAACUCUCUGGUCGUGGCCACCUUCGCCCGCUACUGGCGCGCCCGUCUGCGCAGCCUGACGGAUGCUUUCCUCCUCCACCUGGCGCUGUCGGACCUGCAGCUGCUGCUCACGUUGCCCCUGCAGGCGGGGGAAGCGCUGCGUGGCGAGUGGCCCUUCAGCAGCGCCCUCUGCAGGGUGAACAGGGGACUGCGGUCAGUGAAUACCUACAGCGGCCUGCUGCUGCUAGCCUGCAUUAGCGCCGAGCGCUACAGCGUGGUGGUGCUCCGCUCGGGGGCAACGCGUCGGAGGAAGACCGGUGGUGGAUGCUGCCGUCGUCGGGUGAUGGUCCAAGCUGUCAUCGCAUGCCUGACCGUGGCAAUAACCGCUAUCGCCCUGAGCGCCCCUGACUUCCUGUUCUCCGAGGUGGAGAACAGUAACGGCAUGUGCGGCCUGAACGUGUGGGUGGAUAGCGCCAGCUCACAGGUCAAGCUGGCCCUGACCGGCUCCAUGAUCGCCGGCUUCUGCGUGCCCUUCGCCGUCAUGGCCACCUGCUACACGGCCAUCGGCUGCGUCCUGGCGCAAGGUCGGCGCACGGCGCGCGGGCAUUGCUGGCGGCGGCAACGGACACUCCGCCUGAUGGUGGCGCUGGUGUUCCUCUUCCUGCUCUUCCAGCUGCCCUACACGCUGGUGCUGGGCCUGAAGCUGAUGGACGCCUGGCGCUCCUGCAGCUUCCUGCUGUGGGAGAGCGCCACCUGCAGUCUGGCCUACACGCGCUGCUGCCUCAACCCCGUGCUCUACGCUCUGGUCGGCGUGCGCUUCCGCAACGACGUGCUGAGGCUGCUGCACGAGGCUGGCUGCCUCUGCCUCUCCGCCUCGCGGCUGUCCCUCGACCCCGACAGCGGCAGCUCGAUCUCGCGGUCCUCGGCACCCCCCACCACCACACUGCUGUCACCGAAGUCGCCCACACCCCUCCUGACGCCGCCAGACAUUGCAGAAACUGACGUGGGCAAAGUGUUUGUGUAUCCAAGCCUUUCUUCUACUCACACCUGACUGUGUUAAGUCCAUAUUAUCUUCUCAGAACUGACCCACGCAUAAGUGCCUCACUCACCAUUCACCUCUCCCGAACACGGGCUACCCCUGUGAAAAAUAUCAUUCAAAAAUUGUAAGUUCCUCUCAGAGCACACACAGCUCACACAUUCCUUUCCAGACGCUUGUGUUUCAUUCAGCUGCCCACUGUUCCACAUGCAGGGCCUCUGACCACAUGCUCACAUCACUGGACUUAAAGCUGCAGUUGGCAAGUCUGACAGAUU